UGAAGAGUAAAUUAGCAGCAUACACUGAUUUAUUUUACUCUUUGGCAUAAGUAACAUUGUAGAGAGAAGCUUUGCUACCUAUGUCCACCGUCAUACGAUUUCCCAUUUGUUCGACUUGUCAUUUGAAUGUUUACUUCAAGUAGAAAUCAAACUCCCCAACUUGGAUAAUCCCUAAAAUGAGAAUGCCGAUUUCCUAAAUGAAUCGAUUUUUAGCAGGUAACCUAGAAAUGUUAUAAAGUAUCAGUCAAAUGUUAUUUCAUCCACAUUAUUGAAUGGAGAAUGCAUAACACCAUUCUACAGUUAUGUUUCAAAACGCGUUCGUUUUGAAGUGACUUGUUGAUGAACAAAGGGCUCCAUAAAAAUUUACUCAAUAUGGCCACUAACAACAAUCAGAAUGGAUGGAUAAGCGGGCUUAAUUAUUGUGCCCCCUUAUCUACUGUUCAGGAACAGCAAACAGGAACAUCAGAGAUUAAUCAGUAUGAACAACUAGACAGACCAAAUACUGGAUGCAACACAUUGAAGAGAAAUCCCAAGAUGGAACUUUCGAAGACAGAUUUAUUGAAACUUGUCACAUAUUUCGAGGGUGAAAUUCAAGCUCGUGAUAUUGUAAUUGCUGCUUUGAAAUCUGAAAAAUUGAAGCAGAUUGUGAACUUGGGACGUUAUAAACCUGCUGUUAUGAAUGAUCCUUAUACAGCAUUAUUGAGGGACAGUAUUGCCGAUGGACCCAAUGCUAAAGCACCAGUAAGUGAAAGGGAUAUGACUGCUGCGGCAGAGCAACAACUGCAAGCCCUUGAGCAGCUGGCUCUUCAACAAAGAAGAGCCCACCAGCACAUGAUUAAUAUUCUGAAAGAAGCUGAAGCUAAGCAUAAAAAAGUUAUUCAAGAACUAGAGGAAGAGAAAUGUAAGCAUGAACAUGAUACUGCACAAGGCGACGAUAUAACUUAUGGUUUAGAAAUGGAAAGAACAAGGCUGAGACAGGAACUAGAACUGGAGAGAAAUGGACGAAAAAAAUUAGAGAAAGAGCUUAAAAGGCAGCUUGAAAUGGCAGAUGAAGAGAGGGCUAGGCAGAAACAAAUAGUUUUGCUUUUAUUGGCAGAAAGAAAAAAAAUUAUAGUAAAAUAUAUUGAAGAAAGAAAACGAAGUGAAGAUUUGGCACAAAUAUUAUCAGAAGAAAAGUCAAGAAAUGAUACCAUGGCUGAAGGUUUAGAAGAAGAAAGUAAGAAAUCUCUUCAAAUGGAAGCCGAACUAGAAAAGCAAGGACAUGUCUUCGAAGCAGAUAGAAGGUCCUUAAAAUCUCAGUUAGCUUUGAAAGAAGCUAGGUGCUUAGAAUUAGAGGCGGAAAUUAAAAAACUCAAAUCUGAUUGUGAAGCAAUUCGUACUAGAACAAACAUCUCCUGUGAUACAGCUUCUGCAAUGAUAAGUAGUAUAGCCAAGGUUGUUCAACCCACUGCCACUGUAUCCAGUGUUCCAGUGUCGGGACCAAGUAAGUCAGAAGAAGUGUUUGUGUCAACAGGAAUUGCACAAUCUGUUAUACCAGGCCAAGUACUUCGGCAGACAGCUGUAGCACCUGUAAUACCUGCUACCAAGUUGGCAACACAAAGUUCAAUAAGCGCUGCUACCUCACAGGGCACAGUCAGCCGGACUCAAGGAAAAUUAAGUUUUCAAUAUCAAUCAAAUGUACCUCAAACUCCACCCAAAAAGGGUAGUUUAGCGGCUAGAGGCGUGCCACCUCCAAUACCUCCCAACAAACCAGUGAUACCAAUAAAACAGGCCACUCCUAGAAGACCAGAAACGGCAGCUGAUGUUGAGAAAAAAAAGGUCGCAGGCCAGGUUAAGGAAGAUCAUAACGAUAGGUCUUCUGAGAAAAGUCAGAUGGGUUGAGUAGAGACGUGGAAUAUGAUGGCGGAUAAUCUCGAAUGAAUUUCACGAAGUCAGUGACUUAUCUUGAAAAAUCAGCAAGUUAAGUUUGUUGUAGACUAUUGCAUUCUUUUAUGUCUUUAAUUUUUUCAAUCAAGAACUCUCAUGAUCAAUGAUGUUAUAAAACUUCUCAAUUUCCAUCUGUCUGUGAUAUUUAUUUCUCAUUUUUUCGCUGACCAAAUAAUGAAAUGUUUGAAUUUUUUUUUUUUUUCAUAAAUGAACUGUUAUCAUGCAAUGAUAAUUCGAAUGUAGGUAAUAUUGAAAAUAGCUUCUUAUUCUGGGUUGCUAGUUAUCAAAAAUAAAAUCACUGUAAAUAUACAAUCAAGCUUUCUUAGCAGAAGUCCUGGUGUUCAAUUAGUGAUGCAGCAGAAAUGCCAUGAUUAAAUUUUUGUUUUGAAUGCUUUCUAGUUUCCAGCAGAUCUCCAUAAGAUUCCCAUUAUUGAAUCAAUAUCGAGAUCUUUCAUUUAAAAUUUUCAAUUUUGGCAUUCAUUUACAAUUUUUUCGAAUCUGAAAUGGCACAAAUGCAACGGAAGAUAGAACAAAAUUGUCUACUGAUCCUGGAAAAAAUGAGUUCAGGUAGCUGAAGGCAUUUCGAUCUAAAAAUUAUUAGACGCUAGCAGAGAACUGCCAAACGAUAACGAUUCUAUAAUUGAUAUUUCAUUAGUAUCAUUUUCAAUCAGCUGCCAAGUUCCUUGAUAAUAAUUUUGAAAUUUUUAAGUGGGAAACUUGUCAAUGAUGACGGUCUUGAGAGUAGAAAAUAUAUUUACUAAUAGCAGUUUUGUAGAUAUAAGUUUAGAAUCAGCUUUCAAUGCUCUAAAUAUCAAUUCGAGAUUACCUUAGCUCUAGAGGUCAUUUUAGCUUACCAUCACCAGAUAUAAUAAGGUGUGGAUGUAGUUAAUGACACAAAUUAAUCUGAAGAAAAUAAAUGUUGAUUUUUCAAAAAAAAAAACCUAGAUGAAGCCAUUAGGGAAAAUAUUAAUCUAGGAAUGGGUAAAAUAUUUUGAGCAGCACUAUUGGAUAAGUUAAAAAGUCUUUAGUUCAUGUCAAUCUGUCUUAUUUCCAUAUCGUUAGUUCAGUUUUGAAAAGUCUCACCACAAAUUAUUAAGUAUGUUCCAAUAAUAUAGACAAAACAAGAUAAUUCAUAAGGUAUCUUAAAAUCCGUCUAGUCAACUUAAUAAGCAACAAAUAUAGCCUAAACAAAAGGUAAAAGCAAUUAUUUGAAUACUCCAGUUAUGUAAUGUAACUUUCUUGGGGUUGUGCUUUACUCAUUCAUGAAAAUAUAUAGUUUUCUAUUCACUAUAACAAGUUAAGCAAUAAAAUGAAAAACCAAUAUAGGACAACAAUCCUUUGGUAUCAUGUGGAACCAUGAAUUUUUUGAAUUUUUAGGUUAUAAGUAGGAUUCUAUUUCUUGAUUUGUCCAGUUUUUGUUGUAUGUACCUGGCUUUAGUAUCUUACAUGAGUCUCAAUGAAAAUGUGCCUUAUACUUGGAAUAUCUCAGUACAUUAUUAGACAUAUUUUUGUUAAUCCAAUUACUAACAUUGAAUAAUCAUGUUGAUGCAUUGUUGAGAAGUAAAUUUUGAGAUAUUGCAGGAAAAAAACUUUUUGCACACCAGUAUUAACUCCUGGAAAUGUUUGGGACAUCAAGUUUCUAAAAUGGUCUGGUGGUAGAUGACAAUUAUCGAAAUGGAAUCAAUUCCUGAUAAAUCAAUAAAACCAACAUGGAAUAUAGCCAAAUGGGAGCUUGGUUUUUAUUUACAAAGACGAAAAUAACUAUUUCGAAUGAAUUUUGAUUUGGUUAAUUCAAGGGGACUUUAUAUUCAAACUUCAUUGACGAAUCAGUUUUCUCUUCCCUUCUAAUGUGAAUUAUUCCUUCCAUGAAUCCCUCAUUUGGCGUUUUGAGAUUUUCUAUUAGGUACUGAAUCUUAAUCUUUCUGGACGACGUUGAAAGAAAGCGUUCAUAAUUUGACUAUUGUUGUGAUCAGAUGUAUAUAAACUUCGGUUUUUCUUCAUUAUCAAAUGAAAAUAAUUUUGAAGUACUUAAUGCAAUUGACGAAGUAUGCAGAAAAUGGAAAUCAUGAGCUUCCCUUUUCUAAGUAGUAAAAUUUCCGAUUGAUGUGUCGCCUAUAAACUUUAUGUCCUGUGUAUUAGAUUGCAUACCCUUAUCAGUCUGUUAGUACACUUGCCGUACCUAAACAUGGGCUAUGUGUAGAUAGUUACACACUGAGUUAUUUUCGCAUAAUUUUAUGAAUUUUUGCGAGACAUCUGGAUCUCAAGCAGAUAUUUUAAUCAAUGAACUCAAAAAAAUGGAACAUGACACAUUGAAAAAAGAAUCUAUUAUUGUCAACAAAAUUGUGAUAUUUAUUUGAUGUAUUGAAUUAUUUCUACUUCUUGUUCGAAUAUAGGAAUAAAAAUUGUACUGCUAUUUAUUUUCGUGGAUUGUUCUGUAAUGAGAAUAUACCUAUGUAGUCUUUAAUUAUAUAAACAUUUUGUGUUCAAUAUUGAAGCGUCGGAUGAUUUUACAUUUAAUUUGAUAGAGUGUAUUUAUUACUGUCAGAAUUGAAAUGAAUACAAAUAUUGUAGAA